GGUGUGGGUGACGAGUGGUGGCCGAAGCAGGGGUACAGCAAGGGACGCUCAGGCGGGGACCAUGGCGGACGGCGGCUCGGAGCGGGCUGACGGGCGCAUCGUCAAGAUGGAGGUGGACUACAGCGCCACGGUGGAUCAGCGCCUACCCGAGUGUGCGAAGCUAGCCAAGGUUGUGUAACAAAUCAUUAAAAGAUUGGAUUCAUUCAGGAAUUAAAGGAGGCGCAAACAGAACUUACAGAUACUCAACAUGUAUUGAUGUUGAACAAACUCAUUAGUCGCUUACAUCAUUUACAAGGAUUAUUUUCAUGAGAAAAAUGAGUCACGGAAGUCACAUGUUCUAACAGGAAGGAAGACUUCAAGAAGUCAUUGAAACCCUUCUCUCUCUGGAAAAGCAGACUCGUACUGCCUCCGAUAUGGUAUCUACAUCCCGUAUCUUAGUUGCAGUAGUGAAGAUGUGCUAUGAGGCUAAAGAAUGGGAUUUACUUAAUGAAAAUAUUAUGCUUUUGUCCAAAAGGCGGAGUCAGUUAAAACAGGCUGUUGCCAAAAUGGUUCAACAGUGCUGUACGUAUGUUGAGGAAAUCACAGACCUUCCUAUCAAACUUCGAUUAAUUGAUACUCUACGAAUGGUUACUGAAGGCAAGAUUUAUGUUGAAAUUGAGCGUGCUCGACUGACUAAAACAUUAGCAACUAUAAAAGAACAAAAUGGUGAUGUGAAAGAGGCAGCCUCCAUUCUACAGGAGUUACAGGUGGAAACCUACGGGUCAAUGGAAAAGAAAGAGAGAGUGGAAUUUAUUUUGGAGCAAAUGAGGCUCUGCCUAGCUGUGAAGGAUUACAUUCGAACACAAAUCAUCAGCAAGAAAAUUAACACCAAAUUUUUCCAGGAAGAAAAUACCGAGAAAUUAAAGUUGAAGUACUAUAAUUUAAUGAUUCAGCUGGAUCAACAUGAGGGAUCCUAUUUGUCUAUUUGUAAGCACUACAGAGCAAUAUAUGAUACUCCCUGUAUACAGGCAGAAAGUGAAAAAUGGCAGCAGGCUCUGAAGAGCGUUGUACUCUAUGUUAUCCUGGCUCCUUUUGACAACGAACAGUCAGAUUUGGUUCACCGAAUAAGUGGUGACAAGAAGUUAGAAGAAAUUCCCAAAUACAAGGAUCUUUUAAAGCUUUUUACCACAAUGGAGUUGAUGCGUUGGUCCACACUUGUUGAGGACUAUGGAAUGGAAUUAAGAAAAGGUUCCCUUGAGAGUCCUGCAACUGAUGUUUUUGGUUCCACGGAGGAAGGCGAAAAAAGGUGGAAAGACUUGAAGAACAGAGUUGUUGAACAUAAUAUUAGAAUAAUGGCCAAGUAUUAUACUCGGAUAACAAUGAAAAGGAUGGCACAGCUUCUGGAUCUGUCUGUUGAUGAGUCCGAAGCCUUUCUCUCAAAUCUAGUAGUUAACAAGACCAUCUUUGCUAAAGUAGACAGAUUAGCAGGAAUUAUCAACUUCCAGAGACCUAAGGAUCCAAAUAAUUUAUUAAAUGACUGGUCUCAGAAACUGAACUCAUUAAUGUCUCUGGUUAACAAAACUACACAUCUCAUAGCCAAAGAGGAGAUGAUACAUAAUCUACAAUAAGGGUCUUAAUGCUUUUAGAAAAAAGUUAAAAUUGGAAGUCAUUAAAAAAAAGAGACUGUUAUAAUGGUGUAUAUGUUGGGAUUUUUUUCCUAAGCUUCUUUGUCUUAAAUUUUAAAAUAGUGAAUAUGUUUUGAGACUCCCUUUGACCUUUCAGUUCCCCAAGUUCAUUGUUAACUUUGCAUUUGCAAUUGGUGCAAAAAUACACAUUUCUGUCGUCUGAAUACACAAAAAGUUGUGUCAUAACUUACCCAGAUAUGUUUUUCUAUCAUUUGAAACCUUUUUAGCUACUGUUUGUUUUCAUUCAACUAACAAACAUAUUACAAUAAUAAAAGCAGUAUAUACACAUUUCCUUUCUACAGUUACCUCUGAUUCUAAACAUUUUGUGGGGUAGUGAUUUGGCAAGUGUUUUUUAAAUAAAAUAAAUUUCAUUGUAAAGCUAUCAGUCAUUUAGUAGAAUAGAAAAGCAACAGAGCAUACAGAAACAUUUGGGAUAGAGUUGUGAUUUGUGAAGAAUUUGUACUUUGAUAUUGUGGCAGAAAGUCUAAACUGAGCGUGUAUGCAACAAUCUGGUAAGCUGUAGACUUCUUUUUUUGAGUCGGGCUGGUUCUAGUCACAGUAGCUUGAUUGCUUUCAGCCCUCAUCCUCUGACUUGAUCAGUUGUUCAACAGAAUCAACUGACAUCAUUGACACAGGUUAUUGGGUGUUAAGUCCUCUCUAUAGGGAUAGUGACUACUUUUUUUUCUUUUUUGCUCUUCCUCUCCCCUUUAUAUGGGUUUAAAUUUAACAUAAAGUUGUUUUUAUAAGGCUUAUUUGUAGCUUUAUACUUGUAAGUCUAAUUACAUCAUUAUUGUUCCAAAUUCAUUAUCUCUGUAGGAGCUUUUAGUUCCAUUAUACGAACACUGGAUAACCUAAUUUUUUUAUGCUUUAAAAAAAAUGGCAAAAAGACAGACUUCAGGCCACCCUCAUAGAGUAAGUGGUAUAGUACUGAAAUAUUUUCACAGAAUUAAAAGUAGCUUGCUGUCAAAGAAACAUCUGAGAUGAAUUGGUGUGAACGAAUUUUGCAAGUUUUAAUUUGAUUUAUUUCAGAGAAAAUAGAAAAAUAAAACAAUGUUAGAAGGUUAUUUAAAAUGAUGUUUAAAUGAAGAAAGUGUGAGGUCUACUUU